GUUUAUUUAUUUAACCACAUUAUAGUUAGUUUUUUAUUCUUUUCUUAUCAUUAAUUAAAAACUAUGCUUCAUUCACAUAAUUAGACUUUGGUCAUCUGCAAAGAAGAAAUUUAAUCAUUCACAUAGAUUUUAGUACUAUGUAUAUAUAUAUAUCUAUCACGCCAUAUCAGGAAACUUACCAUACAUCUGUCACAACCUACAGAAUGUUGAUCAUAUUGCUAACUGUGUUUUGCUUAAUUAACAAUUUUGAUUUAUCAACAGCUUUGGCAGUUGAAGAUAUUUACAUUCAAAAAGAAAAUGUAUCAUGGGGAUGUGGAAUGUGCGAAGCUGGUCUCAGCUUUCUGCGUUAUCUAAUGACUGAUAAUUAUCUCCGUGAAGUAUAUAUACUAGCCGGCAAUAGUAUAUGUGAUCUUAUUCCACCUGGAAGAACACAAGAUGUUUGUUCAACCUACGUGGAAAAAUACUUACUAGAAGUUUUGAAUACAAUUGGAAAGGCAUCAAAACCAGAAGAAUUAUGCGUGGACUUUCAAGCGUGUAAUGCAACCAAAGUUACGAAAUAUUUUACGGAGAGAGAUGAUUUUGAUAGCUGUAGAAAGUGUCAAGUUUUGAGCAAAUCAGUUUCCAAGCUGAUGCAUAGCACAGAAUUUUCUGAAACGCUGCAGGAAUCAAUUCAAUCUGGUUGUAGCUUCUUUGAAGGAUAUAAAGACCAGUGCAUGGAAUACUCUAAAAGUCUUUUGGAUAACGUGAAGGAAAUUGUUCAUUUUAAUCUGGGUAGAGUUUGUAAGGUAUCAUGCCGAUAAAAUGGAUUCUUAGUACGGUCAGUAUCAAAGAAGGUGGAGAUAUCUUGGAGUUUUAAAUAACUGUCUUCAAAUAAUGUUGAUUGUUAUUUAUCAGAUACAGACAUUAAACUUAGUGUGAAAGUCUUUAAUUACAGUUUACUACUUUCCUGUCAGUUCUUUUCUUUUUAAACUGUGCGUACUACUUACUCUUUCUUAUCAAAAGAUUUUAAAUAAAAAAUACGUUUAUUUGUAUUGUUGCAACACUGUGGAGCUCACGCAGUCAAACCUCUGUAAUCCUGGAGAUUUGUAGCCCAAUGAUGGUGG